AUGGCGGCAGGUUCCGCCGACGGCCCGGCGGACCGCUCACCGUCGUGUUCCCCUUCUCCAUGGAUGGAUCCUGCUGGCUUCAAAAGGCAGAAACGUGGCAAUGAGCCUAGCUCACCAGGGACCCAGUCCCAGUCAGACAUCUUCCUUCAUAAUAGAUGUCUUCGUCUUCAGUUUCUUGAGCAACUCAGAGAAUUGAAAACUGGGAGUUUCGAUCUGAAGGCAAUCAACACCAAACGGCGUGAACUUAUUGGCAUCAUAGAAAGGCUACAGCAAGUACCUAUCCAACAGCUUUAUGCCAGCCCAGUGCCUAAACCAUCAGAUUCAACACCACAUAAUUUUGGGCAAAUUGGGAGAAAUUAUAGCUCCAAUAAUGUUAUCGACUUGGAUGCAGACAAAGACAAUUUUAAAUACCAUACCCAAGCUAAUGUAGGCAACAUUAGUGCUGACUCAACAAUUUCAGCAGUUGAUUCUAAUGACAAGGACAGGGUUAAAUCCUUUGGACAUGAGAAUUCAUCUCCUAAUCAAAAUGCUAAUUAUAUCGGGCAGCACCUGCUGCUUGAGCAGCCUGUCAGACAUCAGGAAAUCAUCAAGUUGGAUAAUUGCAGUAGCAGUACUGAACCACAGGUUAAGAAAGUGAAGGGUGGCAUGGACACUGACAACGGUUCUGUUGAGGACGAUCUUGAAGAGAAAGGAAAGGUUGGAAGAACAUUAGAUAAAUAUGUCGGUUCCUACAAAGUACCUUGUGAAAUUGUACAAAAUGAACUACAGAGCAACGAGAGUAAUCAUCAUGAGAAAGACAGCCCGGUUGAUGAGCUGGAUGAUCUUUGGAUGGGCAUGUCAGUUGCACUGGCAUGUUCAGAGCAGAUCAAUCAAGUCGGUCAGAAUAUAGUUCCAAUAGAGAGUAACCGUGAGGAAACAGAGGAUGCAUGUAACCAUGACUUCCUGAUGAAAGAUGAUUUGGGCAUUGUGUGCCGUAUUUGUGGUCUGAUUCAAAAGCGCAUCGAAAGUAUUUUUGAGCAUUCAUGGAAAAAGUGCAAGCAGACGUACAGAACAUACCCAGCAAAACACAGAAAAUCUAGUGAUCCAGAUUCAACUGAGAAUCCUUUAGGUACUAAUCUCAAUGUGGUUCCUGAUGCUCUGUCAAUCCAUCCUCAACAUUCACAACAGAUGAAACCUCACCAAGUGGAAGGUUUCAAUUUCCUGAUCAAGAAUCUAGCAGAUCAGAACAAUCCAGGAGGGUGUAUUCUAGCACAUGCGCCUGGUUCUGGAAAGACCUUUCUGCUGAUCAGUUUUGUCCACAGCUUUCUGGCCAGGUACCCUGCUGGGAGGCCAUUGAUUAUGCUUCCAAAGGGUAUCUUGGGGACAUGGAAAAGUGAGUUUCUCCGCUGGCAAGUUGAGAACAUUCCUCUGUAUGACUUUUACUCCUCCAAAGCUAAUAGCCGGUCUGAGCAGUGUAAAAUUUUGAAAUUGUGGGAAGAAAACAGAAGCAUAUUGCUGCUUGGCUAUCAGCAAUUUGCACACAUAAUUUCGGAUGACUCUUCUGAUAGAGAAACAUUAGUGUGCAGAGAGAAGCUGCUGAGGGUCCCUAGCCUUGUAAUUCUAGACGAAGGCCACACCUCGAGAAACGACCAAACAGACUUGCUCAGUGCACUUGAAACUAUCCAAACUCCUCGAAAAGUGGUGCUCACAGGAACCUUGUUCCAGAACCACGUAAGUGAGAGAUCCCGUGCAAUCAUGAAGCGUAUACUGACAAAGGUGGACAUGGUACGGACGAGUGUGCGAUCGAAAACCAUAUCUGAAAAGGUUUUCUAUGAGUUGAUUGAGGAGAACCUUCAGAAGGAUUCAAAAACAAUGAGAGUGAUGAUUAUUCAGAAUCUACGCGAGCUAACUGAGAACAUACUCCACUAUUACCAAGGUGAGAUCUUGAAGGAGCUCCCUGGACUCGUGGAUUUCACAGUUUUCCUAAAUAUGAGUACCAAACAGGAAGAUGUCGUCAAGGAUUUGGUAGGAUUGAAAAGAUUUGAAGCACAUGCAAAAUGCAAUGCUGUUUCUCUUCAUCCAUGCUUAAAAGAUGUCAAGAAUGUUGACAAGAAAAAUAGAAACAUCAGCAAAAGGAAGAUGGAUUCAAUCGUACACGGAAUUGACAUCAAUGAUGGGGUGAAGGCAAGGUUCAUAUACAAUCUGUUGUCUCUUUCAGAAGCCGCAGGAGAGAAGGUACUUGUGUUCAGCCAGUAUGUGCGCUCUCUUGAUUUCUUGGAAAUGCUGUUCACCAAAAUGAAAGGAUGGAAGGCAGGAGUUAACACUUUCCUGAUGGAUGGCGGUUUAACUCAAGAGCAGCGAGAGCAAGCAGUUGAGAGAUUCAACAACUCACCGGAAGCUAAAGUCUUCUUAGGCUCCAUCAAGGCGUGCGGGGAGGGGAUCUCCCUUGUUGGUGCAUCUCGUGUUGUCAUUUUGGAUGUCCAUGAGAAUCCUGCUGUGAUGCGGCAGGCAAUCGGACGGGCAUUUAGACCAGGGCAGUCUAAAAUGGUGUACUGUUACCGCCUCAUUGCUGCUGGCACAUUAGAGGAAGCGGAUCACCACACUGCCUUCAAGAAAGAGCAAGUAUCGAAGCUGUGGUUUGAGUGGGAUGAGCUUUGCAACAAUGAGGAUUUUGAGCUCACCAAGGUUGAUGUUUCAGACUGCAAGGACAGGUUUCUUGAAAGCUCUGCACUUCAAGAAGAUAUCAAAUCCCUAUUUAAGAGGUGAAUGCGUGCGUUGGAUGCUGACAAAGCGACAAGGAGGCUUCACAGUAGCAGUGGACGAGCUAGCUAGGAAAGGGAAGCGAAGCAAGUUUUAUUUGAUGCUUCUUGCAGUGUUAGGCAAAUCCGGUGCAGUGUGUUUGUAUAAAGUUCUACGAGUAUCUUACAGUAGAAGCGUUAACACCAG